CCGUCCGUUUGCCCUCUUGUCCGUGUCAAACCCUAUCAAAAUUAGGGCGCCUCCGUUUUCUCCUCUUUUUCAAAUCCUCUUCACCUUCUUCCCCAAAUUUCCUCCGUUAGGUCAGAUUUCCCCCCCUUUUCAUUCUAGAAUGAUGCAGCAACCAGGAGGAAUGGCGCCACCGGCGAUGGGCAUGGACCAGCAGGCGCCGCCGCAGCAGCACCAGUACCCGCCGCAGCAGUGGAUGAUGAUGCCGCCGCAGACCCAGCCUGUUCAGACGCAGCCGCCGCAAUUCUGGCCGCAGCAGCAGCAGCAGCACUACGGCGGUGCCCCACAGGGUAACGCCGCCGCCGCUGCUGGUGCCGGAGGUGGUGUCGAUGAGAUUCGAUCUCUGUGGAUUGGGGACCUUCAGUACUGGAUGGACGAGAACUAUCUCAACACCUGCUUCUACCAUACCGGCGAGCUUGUAUCCGCUAAGGUCAUCCGUAACAAGCAAUCGGGCCAAUCAGAGGGGUAUGGAUUUCUGGAAUUCAGGACACAUGCUGCUGCUGAAACUAUAUUGCAAACCUACAACGGUGCAAUGAUGCCCAAUGCUGAACAGAGCUUCCGGAUGAACUGGGCUUCACUUGGUGCUGGGGAUAAACGAACAGACGACUCCCCCGAGCACACCAUCUUCGUGGGUGAUUUGGCUGGUGAUGUCACCGACUAUGUCUUGCAAGAGACGUUCAAGGCUGUGUACCAAUCUGUCAAGGGUGCAAAGGUUGUUACAGAUAGGACAACCGGACGAUCAAAGGGUUAUGGAUUUGUUAAAUUUGGGGACGAGAGAGAACAGCAACGAGCUAUGUCCGAAAUGAAUGGUGUGCUCUGCUCAACUAGGCCCAUGAGGAUUGGCCCCGCAGCUAACAAAAAACCUAUGACCACUACAACUCAACAAUCUUCCUACCAGAGUCCUCAGGGAGGAGGUGGAAGUCAGGGCGAAAGCGACCCGAAUAAUACAACCAUAUUUGUCGGUGGUUUAGACCCUAACGUGACAGAUGACCAUCUGAAGCAAGUGUUCUCCCAGUACGGUGAGCUAGUCCAUGUAAAAAUACCAGUAGGAAAACGCUGCGGAUUCGUCCAGUUUGCCGAGAGGUCCUGUGCGGAGCAAGCUUUAGGAAACUUAAACGGUACUCAGUUAGGAGGACAGAACAUUCGGCUUUCGUGGGGCCGUAGUCCUUCAAACAAGCAGACGGAGCAGAACCAGUGGGGCAGUGGCGGCGGUGGUGGUGGGUCAUAUCAGGGUGGCUACUCUCAAGGAGGGUACGAAGGACACGGAGGCGGUGGAUAUGCUCCUCCUCAAGACCCCAACAUGUAUUACGGGGGUUAUCCAGGAUAUGCUAAUUAUCACCAGCCACAACAGUGAUCAGAGGAACUAAAUCGGAGAAUUGUUGGAGGUGGUGGAUUUCGGGCGGCAGAUAUGAAAUAUGCUUAGUCCACUAAACAUAUUGUGUCUAAUAAUAUGUGGUGUUUUAAAUACUUUUUUUGGGUUAUGUUAAAAUUAUUACUAUUAUUAUUAUUAUUAUGCUGAAUUGAGUUUUGCAAGUUUUUUCGAGUGGUGGCUGACAUGUCCAUUAUGGCUAGUUGUUUGCUUAUUAUGUUGUGAUAUUCUCUGCUUUAAACUUUUAUUUUUAAUGUUUAUUUACAUAUCUGGAUUUUGGGAUCAAA